AUGGACGUAAUGACGGAGCAUUUCCGUGCUCUAGUAAGCGCUUGUGUGGCUAUAAAUGCCGCUGCAGUGGCCUCCACAGACGUUGAGGACAUUGCUACUUGCAUACAGAAUAUUGAUGCAUCACUGGGCUUGACCACAGAGCAGCGACGUUAUUGGGACGUCAUCGGUGAGGAGGCCCUCUCAUUGGUCAAAGAUCUGGCGUUAUUAUUGGCUAGUACCAACAUUUCGACCAAUCAACUGCUGAGUCUAUUGCGCGUGUUGUUACUUCACCCGUCACUUCACUGUUCCGGCCUCGUGCGAUUGGUGCAAAUGACAUUUCAAGGGCUUAAAGUGACCAAGCGCUGGGACGCUUUAGAUGCUGUUUCGACGCACUUAUUGGACGCAAUAUACGCUAAAAUACUGCAGAAAGACACACGAGAUCAAGCGUUACAGUUUUACAUCCAAGUUCUUGCCGGGUUUCAGCAUUCAGCUGAAUUGUACGAGAAAAAUGUGACAAAAAUUGUCAAAUUAGCGGAAUUAUUCAGUGCAGAAGACAGUGAUGAGAACAAGAAGCUUGUGCAUCCAUUACUAGUGCUGUGUGCUGCUCUGGAACAUUGCCAUCGAGGCUAUGAAGCUGAAGCCAUGACGCUUCGUCGAGCCAUGCGAGCAAAUUUAGGGUCUCAUGUGGCUCGACCUACAGCUGCUGAAGCUGAGAGACUGCUGAGAGCUAGUGCGUGGAUACUUCCACCGGAACAAUUAGAUGCUAUGUUUCCUUCUAUUGAAGGAAAAUGGGUCGUGGACGAGUUUACUAGUGAUCAACAUGUUAAUGGAGGUCCUGUCAAUGGUGGCUCGGUGUUGUUGAAAAAGACAACGAACUGCUUUGCAUAUGAAAUGAAGGCGACGAUGAUAGACCCUAAAUUGAAGCACACGUUAGAGCUAACAGGAUGUUUAUUCCAGCAAAUGCCAGAGAUGCAAGUAUUGUUAUCACAUCCUGAGACGAUCGAAGCUUCCACAUGGGAACUUGAGGGACAUUGGAGACAAUUGCAUGACGAAAACACUCCUGCAACAGCAAUUGCACCGAUGGGUUCGAUUUCAGUGCCGACUUGGGACUGUCGAGCUUGUACGAUGAACAACGAGGGUAGUGUCACAAAGUGCGCGACGUGCGGAACAGAGCGACCAGCGGAUACUAGUGUCCUAACAAUUCCCAACAGUAGCAAAGGAAGCAACCCUGCGCCGUUUUUAGCAGUAUUUAGCUCGGAUUUGUCAUUUAUGCGAAUGAGAUGGUCGCGUGGCGAGCAGCAAGGAGUAUGGCUUGCACGAAAACAGGUUAUUGAUACUUCUUUUGACCUUGCAACGUCGCUAGUAGCCGCAAAUAAUGCAAUGAUGGAUUCUGCCGACUUACCAGCUUUUGUUUUUUCUCCAGAAGGCAACCCAGCCAGUACUUUGGUGCUGGAGCGAACAUUGAUAUCAACAUCAGAUCAAACUGAGUUUACUGUUCAAGUGUGGAUAUGCCCGAAAUGUUUGCCUUCAGCAGACGAAACUCAAGUCGUGCUGGCUAAUGACCAUGAUUUUGAACUAUUAUUGACAAGCGCCGGAUAUUUGGUGUGGCAGAUAGCUGGAGGGCGAUAUGCUGUAACGUCUCGCGACACUGUGCAAUUUGACGUGUUUUGCCACGUGACACUUUCAUUUGGUCAAGAUAGGAUGGUGCUUCUGGUCAAUGACUUGGUGGCAGGUGAAACUGCAAAAAUUGAUGAGGCCGGUCCUUCUGCCCCAGGAGCGUCCCUGCUAACUAUCGGUGGCAGCUUCGAAAGCUGUGAUUUAAACGAAAAAGAAAAAGCGCCGAGCUGUUUCUAUGGUCAGAUACUCGAUUUGCGCAUUUGGUCGACGCAGCUCUCCAAACUUGAUGAAAAUUGGAGCAUUUGGAAUGCAUUAACUGGUCGAGAAGGGCAUCUUGUGGGAUAUUACCCGCUUGUUGGUGAUUCUGAGCGGUUAUUGAUGGAUCUAUCGAAAUAUCAAAACCAUGCUUGCGUCUUCGCAGGGUAUCAAUCAGCUGAUGGUAUCCAUGAUGCAGAAAUAUUAUCGGUUCAUAAUUUUGCUCCUGCAACCCCAGCAGACACUAUCCCCGUGAAAAAUGCACUUGCUGUAUCCCUGGGAAGCGAUUUUCUCGGUAGUGGCAAGUUUUCUCUACCCGACGGCUCAAGUGAAGGAGCAUGCGGACUUCGAGUUGAUUGCGGUGAGUGUGGGGCCGCUUUAUGGCGCCAGAAUGCUGUUUGUAUCGCGAGCGGCUUUCAGUCAGUGCUAUCAAUUGCACCCCCAGCCUCAGGUGAAAAUUCGUCUUUGCGUAAAACCGUCGUAUUUGCACUAUGUGAAGCCACUUUCUGGGAUUUUGUUCCGCUGUUGUCUGAAGCAACACGUGUUGCUGGUGAUGAUGGGGGCUCAUCACUUCAGCAUUUCGAUGGCUCUGCAGUGUUGAUCAAUGUUAGCUCCGAUGUUGUAGCCCCGGGGAUUCUAUUAUACGAGUUGGGGCUGAACAUUUGGUCGAAAAAGCAGGGCAAUCCUUUGUCCCGCGUAUUUUGUGUUGCUGGGGGGCCUUCUACCUCUCCGUCCGAUAUCCAAGUUAAGUACGAGCUACCAGCGCGUGUUUUAUCAGUUGCUAUCGGCGGCGUUGGCGUGGUGUUCGAAGUUGCGGUAGAUCUUGAGCUUGCACUUCGUAUGGAGCCAGGCGGUCCGGUCCGCGCAGGUUUAAUUUUUCCUGCGCACAAGGGCUCAUCUAGCCCACAAACCACAACGGGGUUGAUGAAGUGGACAUUCGAAUCGAUCCAUACGAACUUGCUAAAUGACGGCGCGACUUCAGUUUUGGGACAAGUUUAUUCUUCUCUUCAACGAGAAGGCUCAAAUGGCGACAGUUGUACAAUGAACAGUGAGAAUGAGACCACUAUGUGCACCCGGUUAAGCACAGAUGGCAGUGCCAUUGCACAAGAAUCAUAUGGGUGUCAAACGUGCAAUUUGGUGCAUGGUUAUAGCAUUUGUCGGGUCUGUGCUGCCGUAUGCCACGAAGAUCACGAGCUAAUUGCGCUAGGCGUGACCACGACAGCUUGCGCUUGCCAUGUCCGUGGUACUGGGCUUUGCCAAUGCAACAGUGCUAUUCUAGCCUCGGAUUUUCUUAAGCUUAACCGACCAGUGAACGCAUCUUUAUGGAAAUGCAGCAAGUGCACAGUGGUCAACAGUAUAGACCUCAAGCAAUGCAGUGUUUGUGGCAACAAUGCGCCUGAGCUGAAUGCUGAUGCCAGUUCUACAGCAUCAGAGUCUACCUCCAGAGCAUUAGCGCUGGCCAAACAGUCAAAGCCUGUGGUGGAUUGGUCGUGCGAAGCGUGCACAAUGUUCAAUAAUGCGACUGCAACGACAUGCUCCGUUUGUGACACCCCGCGAGCGAAGCAAGCUGAACCUGAAGUUGCCGAAGUCAAUAAAGAGAACAAACCUGACAACGGACUCACUACUCUUUACUACGCGGCGGAAGAUGCAGCAAAACAAGAUCACCCAAUGGCGAUACAACCUAUUGGCUCUUGGAAUUGCUCGGCAUGCACGAUGGAAAACCAGGCUUCAGAUGCAACUUGCUACAUGUGCGCAACGGUACGAGAGAUUCCUAUUGCUGCUGCCGUAGACUCCUCCGAAGUGGUGCUUGCCUUGCCUCCUCCUAAGAUUGAUGCUACGCCUACGUCUUCUCCGAUGAGUAUGGAUAUGGAUGGAGAGAAUCGAGCGGCUACUUCUAUACCUGCCGUGGAUUUGCUUGCUUCUAAGCUUAAAAAUGUGAAGUAUCUGGACGAGUACAAGCGCACGGCAGCUCUCGCAUCCAGCCAUCUGGUCGAAAUUGACAUCAGGAACGACUCGGUGUGGGAAACAACUGGAGGCAAGAUGCAUGUUGUGCUCGGUAACAGUUUUGUGGGUGAGUAUAUACGCGGAACCUACGUGGAGAAGGAUGGAAAACUGAGUGGACUUGCUCGACUGACGGAGGAAGGAACAUGGAAACUUGAUGGAAGGUUUAAGAAAGCUAGCCAAUCUCAAUCUAAUGCAUGUACGCUUUACUGGGACAAAACAGCCUCUCGGUUCGACGGGAAAUGGUAUCGUGGCGAUGGGUCGGGUGACUGGAAGUGUCUUGCAUCUCCCUACGCAUCGGACUUUCGUGGACUAGCCCCGACAGACCCGGUGAAAAAGCCGAAUGAGCUUCAGCCGUAUUACGCCGGUAUGGUGAACAUGAAGCAGAAUUUGACAAACGUGUGCUACCAGAACAGUUUCCUUCAAACUCUUUACAUGACUCAAGACUUCCGACGCUUAAUACUAUCAUGCGAUGCUCAAAAGUACUCGGCACCGUAUGCAGAUAACGGAACGAGAGGUGAAAACGUUGUAGCAACGGUCCAAGAUCUCUUUGCUCAGAUGACUUCUUCGCAGAGGCCUUACCUGUCCACGCACGCACUACAGCGAUGCUUACCUGCCGAGUAUAAAAACGGACGUCAGCAAGACACCUCGGACUUCGCGCAUUUCCUGAUUGAGUCUCUUAGCCAACAAUUGAGCCAGCAUGAAGACACUUCGGACGACAUCCCAUCAAUUUUUGGUGGUUAUCAAGCAACUAUUUUGGCGUGCAAGACGUGCGGCAAAAAAUCAGUCAAUCGGGAAUACUUUUGGGAAUUGUUGCUAAACAUGAUUGAUCUUCGUUAUACCCCUAUCACCAGCAUUUCCGCAGUGAGCGGAUCUUCGAUGGAUAUCCAUACCCCAGAGGGCUACGAACGCUUGAACACUGAUUUGAACAAGGAUCGCACGGGCGCACCAUAUGUGUAUUUGUGCGUAAAGAGAUGUCCAGAACGUGCGACUACCGAUAGUUCGAUGGGGGUUGAUAGCGAACGAGACAUGGCAAUUACGGAACUGGUGGUAAAGGUUGCAUUAAGUACCGACCCUAAGCCUUUUGUGUCAGGAUUUGAGCGUGUCGAGCUAGAUCUUAAUGUUGGCGGUGGUGCUACUGCUGGCGUAAAGAAGCAAGUCUAUCUGUUUUUCCGCCGCGAGCCGAAUGGAUCGCCCAUUACUGAUCUGCAAGUGAUCUAUGGCAACGAGUCUAUUCCCGAUGGAUUCAAGCAAAUCCAAGUGGACCUUAACCAGGGCGAAGGCUGUAAGGCAUACUUGUGCUAUCGUUGCGAUAUGCCAAUCACGGAUUUGAAAAUCGUCAACAGUGGAAUACCGGGAUAUCGAAUGCUGGAUCAUCUACUAAAUAUUAGCCAUGAAGAUGCGGUAAAACAGUAUCUGGCACUAAAAGUUGGGGGAAAUGAACCUUGUCUGACCGACUUAAAACUUGUCGAAGGCAGUGCUGUGUCUGCAUACGAGGUACAAGGAUGGCAGUCAAUCGGAAGUCCACUCUCUUCAGUACCACUUACUGAGCCUUCUACAGAUAGCGAGCCAUUUGUACCAGCACAGCUAAUGAUUCGUCGUGGCCAUGGUAACCCCAUUUUUGCUAUCGAUGUAUUCCGUGCGCCCCGCCAGGUACCUAAGUACAAUGACUACGAGGUAAUCGAGCUUUUCCCAGAUGAAAGCUCUUUUACGGAUGCUGUUGCACGAUUUAAGGGUGACUGGAUGGGGACGGAAGAAACAGACCGCGGGCGGAGGGCGGUGCGGAUGCGCUCUGUAUCCGAGUCAAUACUGGAUGCGUUACUUGUGAAGGGAGUAUUAGACGAUAAGGGGGAGCUGUCUUGCAUUGCAACUCGCGUUUCGACAUGGUCGGACUCGAUUGCAGCAGGAUCUGCCGCAGCCGCGGAGUCUGUUGUACCUGCUGAUCUCUCUUCGGAUGGAGGUGUGAGUAGCAACGUUGCUCCUAGCGUAUAUCGUGUGUUAGGUUCUUGGAAGAACGCAAAGGUGCCAAAUGCACAACUUGUCGAUGUGGAGUUGCGGCCUGCACCCAAUGGUGUAAGCGAUGCUCUGGAUACUGCGGGAGAUAUGUCGUCACAAGGAGCACCAGCUCGAUCGUAUAUUAUUACUGGAACAAUUGGAGAUGGAAGAGGAAGACCUAUUGUGAUUCAUGGCAUUCAGAUUUCGAGAAUGUGUAAGACUAAAUGGCCAAUCUCGCAAAUUAUAAUCUUACGUGGCGACGAGCGCGUACCAGAAGGUGUCCAGGUUGUUCGAGAGACAUGUUCUGGUCGCUCAGGAAAUUUGCUGGCUCAGACCGCGUCACCCCACACGUUGUAUGUAGCCUUAAAACGUGAGGAGGCACCGGUCGGCGGCUACAUUACGGACAUCUGCGUAAUUUACGGCGAGAUUGAUGCUGUCCCGGAACACUACACAUGUAUUGACACAACACCAGCGGGGUAUUCUGCAAACUUGAACGACGGCACAUCGGGCGUGCCUGUUUUCAUUUGUUUCAGAAGGAGUGGCGGUGCUGAAGUAGCAGACAGUGAAAAUGCUGCGUCGAAGAGUUUGAUGGAUCUCACAUUAAUGUGGACUACGGGCGCACGGCCUGACACACUUCCAGCUGGGUUUACAAAAAUUCAGCACACUCCUCUGGGUAUGGAAGCUAACUUGAACCAAGGUACUACUGGUGUGGCAAUUCACAUUUGCUUCUCGAAAUGUGAGACAAAGAAUGUUGUCAAGCCACUAGACAACCCUCUAAACGGGGAAUACGAAAUCACGAGCUCCCCAUUACCAGCGUUUGGUCGAUUCCUCAGUCUUUCGGUCGUAGAAGAUUUAGAAGACGCUCGAUUGGUGGAGGGCAACUUUGGUGUCGUCCUGCAUGCUCAGCUAAGUGGAUCGAUGAGUGGAGUUAUGUUCACCUCAAAGCACCAACAGGCGGUGAACGAAAAGAAUCACACCAUUGUUGGUGCGUGGAAGAUUGAGGGCCUAAUGGCCGGCGGAGUUGGCGCAAAUAUCAACGAUUUCGUGCCGGCAAGCUACCCAUUCGAGUUGACCCUGAAUGAGACAGGUACAGAGCUGGAUGGGUGGUGGAGUGGUGUAGAGGGCUCUCUUAGCAGUGUUUUUAAACCUGCUGCCUCGGCUAUCACAUUGAGCAGUGGCGGACCUUCAAGCAGUGAAGUAGUGUCCGGUUCGAUUCCUGCUGUAACCGGCGGCAGGUGGAAACUCAUUAAGAACUCAUACGUACACGUGGCAUUCAAGAAGGACUACAGCACCGAAUGGCAAGAUGGUCAGCUUGUUUUCUCGGAGCGUGUAUGGCGCCACGACAUUGAGUCUAUGUUGUCGCGAUUCGUCGCUACGCGCACGUUGGGAGGCGAUAAUGCGCUUUCAUGUAGCGUCUGUCAGCGCAAAACUGAGUCGCGGACGCACACAGUAAUCUUUGAGCCACCAGAGCACCUAAUUAUUACUCUGAAACGCAUGUUUUACGAUUGGAGCCAGCAGAAAGCGUGCAAGUGUCUGCAUGACGUACGAUUCCCUGCGCUAUUGACACUGCCGUCGCUUUCUCCCGAAGAAGAGGUUGCCAUUUAUGAUGCAGAGAGUGGUGACGCUUCAUGCGCAAAACAGCAGAAUGUGUCACGUCAUUAUGGUCUAUAUGGAGUGCUUGUUCACUCGGGGCUUACAGCUAAUUCAGGGCACUAUUACAGUUUCUGUCGGAAGAGUGAUGAAAGCACGCGUCAAAUGCAUUUGGAGGACUCACCUCUUUCUCCAUGGAUUAAGUUCAAUGAUACGAAGGUCGAGCGCUCCAAUUGGAAAGAGAUUAAUCGACUGGUGACUAGCACUGUGUCGGACACGGUUUAUCUGCUGCUUUACAAGAAGCUUUCGUAUGAGCCAGCGUCCUCGAACAGUGACGGAAACCAAGAUGCGAGUGCUGCAGAGGGCGUGAGCUGUGACGACGAAGAGGCCAUGUUGCUGGCCAAGGCCAUGGCACUAUCCAUGUCGGCGGCUAAGCACAACCAACCUCGACAAACUGAAGAGGCAGAAAGCAAGGACGUUUCCAACGACCUGGAUGGUGAGGAUCUAUCAGUAUUAUCGACCAGCACAGUGACCAAGACGCUGCUCAAAAAGAUUGAAGAAGAGAACGCGGCGUUUUUGCAUGAUUCGGUGGCAGCAACUUCCAGCACGCUCCAUGCCGAUAAUUUGCACACGCUUCUUAUGUUACGCCACUCGCUGCCGUUGCAUCUGCGUGCGCUGUUGGAUGGUGUCUGCUAA